AGCCUCUGUCCAAGCCUGCAUUGCUCACCGCUUUCGUCAACCUCGAAAGUUAACAUCUUAUCUCCAAACAACCUCGCAAUCAUAACCAAGAUGUCGACGAUGACUAUCACCCACUCUCCCGUCUUGACCAAGACCGUCUUCCAGUCCUCCUGGAACGCGGACGCCUACUCCUCUCCCCUCCCUGAGAUCGGUUUCCUCAGGCUCUUCGACGACAACUUCGUCGUCGGCUUCGGAGAGGCUCAGAACUCGACCCCCAGGCUCUUCUUCGACGCACCGGCAGAGAAGAUGAACACGUAUAAAACCCUCGACACCACCCACGCCACUCCCUCCCCAGACGCCGCCUCCCAAAUCCAGUACCUCGUCAUGCCCCCGGCUCCCAAACUCCGUAGUAUCCCUCUCCCCGCCUUUGACGAUGAAGAGGAUCUCUUCUCCAGUCUCGGGGGCGGGGAGCCCAUGGAGGUCGACGACGCUCCCCACUGGCCUGCCGCUUUCUCCGUGCGCGGCCCGUCGACCUCUGGUGCCGGCCAUAGCAGUCUGUCGGAUACGGAGAGCGAGGCCAGCGCUCAGGGGGAGAUGAGUGAGCUCCGCAAUGCGCUUGAGCUCACGCAUCUGAGCCCUCAUCAGACGUUUGGCGCGACGUUCUGAGGAGGAGGGUCAGGACGCGUAGAGUCGUCGGUGUCGUCGGUGUCGUUGGAUGAGGCGUCGCUCUGGUCGACGUCCUCGGUGUUUCUCACGCUCGUCACGGUCAAUUUAUGAUUUUUUUCUUAUCCGGUUUUAUAUUCUUUUUUAAAGGUUCCAUGGAUGUUCAUCACUGUUCCUAUCCCCCUUUCCAUCAUCAUCUUACCACUCUAUCCCCAAUUUCACUUGCAUCUCUCCAGUCAUCGCACUGGCUCCCAUCCCAUUCCCAUUCCCCUGUCUGUUUUCUCUGUUGCUACCAUCAUCAUACCAGUCUGUCCCCCAUCUCCACUUGCAUCUAUCCCAGUCUACUGGAUACCAUCCCCAUCCCAUUGUUUCCCCCAUUUUAUCACUCCUAGUUUUGCAGUCUUCGUUAUCCAAUUGCACACCCUACUCACUCUUCUCUUCCCUUUCCCAGUUGCAUUUUUACUCAUCUAUUGUCGGUAUACAUACUGUGCUUCGCUGUCGAAACCUCUUCCAUUGUUCCCCAGUCCAGUCCAAUUGCAUACUCGUGUUCAUCCAUAACUCCACCCCCACUCCAAUAGCCUGUCUCGUCCCAAUCCGUUCUUCCUCCC